GCGUUGCAGCUCCGACAUCGCCACAGCAGCAUUAACUGCUGCGUCUUCUAGCCUUUCAUACUCUCCACUUUCCACUUCCGCGUGACCCUCUCGAAAGCGUUUUUCGCGACACGCGUGCCUUCUCUCGACACCGACGCUUGGACUCAGGCGACACGAGGCUGUCUCACUCUUUACCGUCGGAUCGAAGAGGAAAAUAACAAAAUAACCGAAUCUGGGACCCUGUACGACCGAACCACGACCUUCAAGCCAAUAGCCCUCUCGAAGGCAGUGCACAAACGAGUGAUUGCAUAGGUUUUAUGCAUACGUCUGUGUUGUUUCCACAAACGUGGAACUUCUUCUUUUUGCUCAUGAGUAGAGUUAACUGCAUCUACCACAGUUCGGUCUGCGACGACGGCUUUUCGUUGCUUAUUUAUUUGUGCCUGCACGGGUCCCUGCAGGCGGGGAUGGCGCUCCGAAGCACAAGCCGCAGCGAGUCACCAAGGAUGCGCCGGUGUCGGUGAGGACGCAGAUAAAGUACGCCAAGAUGAGGAAGUCCAUGGAGAGGAGCAAUGGCCCGAAGAAGAUGGUGCACAACAAGUACCGCCGCGUCAAGAACACCGACUACGAAGAUAUCGUAGAGCCGGAGGACCUGAGCCAUAUUUACAUGCCCGACAUCGCGCCUGCUCUCAUGGUCGAUGGGUAUAACAUCAUCUUCCACUGGUCCAAGUGCAGCAUUGUGGCCGACAACGGCGACUUGGAAGGAGCGAGGCGAAUUCUUGUGGAGGAACUCGACACGCUAGCGGCCAUGCGGGGCUGGACGGUUACGGUGGUUUUCGAUGCGUACAAGCGAAAAGGCCGCGCACGAAAGUACGUCACUCCCAACGAGAUCGAUGUCGUGUUCACGUCUAACGGAGAGAGCGCUGACAUGUACGUCGAGCGCUUGACAGAGCAGCUCAAGGACUCCGGCUGUCCGAACGUGAUGGUGGCGACGGGCGACAAGCUGAUGCAGAGUUUGGUAGUGGGCGCCGGGGCCGAAGUGUUCAGCCCGGACCGCAUCAUUGAGGAGAUCGAGAUCUCCCACUCGGAAGCCGUGGCGUACACGGACCGGUACCUGCGCAGAAAACAGAGCAUGAUAGAAAAGUCCGAAAUGCAAGACCUGUUGGACAGAGUCCGUUCCGCGGAGGACAAGGCGAAGCGAAGACGUACCGGUGGUCGAGGCGGGGGGCGCAAUAACGGCCCUACGUACAACAUCGAGGACGAUUUCUAGGCGGAGCCAAGCGGUGUUUGAUUAUUGUUUUUUUGUGAGGUUCUUCCUAACCUACCCACCGUCGGAUGAUCCGAUGAUAAGAGGAGGAGAGCGAAGGGUGUGUGUGUGUGUGUUUGUUUGUCUCUUUUCUUUUAGCACCGACCGCGCUAAUAGCUAUCCGGCUGACCAAUGAAAAGACGCCAGUCUCAGUGCGUUCGAAAACAGACAACGAAGUAUGCGCGCGUGUGUGUGUUUAUUUUAUUAGCAUCGGCCGCGCUAGCCGGCCGAGCUGACCAAUGAAAAUGCGCCAGUCUUUAGGCGGGAUUAAGGUGGUUUUUAUGCGGCAAGAAAGCCGGCCGGAACACUCAAUGAACUCGUGAGGUGGCUUCUCUUUUGUGUACUCGUGGCCGAUGUUUUUUUU